UCUCUCUGAUCAAAUGGAAUUUAUCUCUUACUAUGAAAUGGAUAUUUAUGGAAGCCAAAUUAGUAUGAAUGGAAUCAGGCGACUUAAAGACGUGUGCUGUAGAAGUUUACUCUACCAGGAACGGCAAAUUUUCAUAUCAACAUAUGGCAGGAAGUUGAGGUUGGGUCGUCCCAAAACGUCAAAGUUCGUGAGUUUGAAGUCAAAUUUUCUGAGAAAUGAACCCUUGCGUUGUACCUCAGCCUGCCCCAUCAAGGGGUGAAGAUGGUGAUCGAUGGAUGCACAUUCACAAUAGAUUUCUGAGUGAAACCAAGGAACGGGAACCAGAUGUUGUUAUCCUAGGUGAUUCUAUUACUUCACAAUUGGAGCAGAGGGGAGUGUGGAAAGAGGUAUUUGCUCCUAUGCACAUCUUAAACUUCAGCAUUAUAGGAGAUCAAGUUCAAAAUGUUUUAUGGCGAGUAAAAAAUGGAGAGUUGGACAACAUUAAGCCAAAGGUGGUUGUGUUAUAUGUUGGUGAAUUCAAUAUUAGAACUUCAAAACCCGAAGAAGCAAUCGAAGGUCUCCUUGAGCUUGUUAAAACAAUAAAAGAGAAGCAGCAGGAAGCUCAAGUCUUAAUUCAGGAACUUUUACCAAGAGGUCUAAAUCCCAAUCCUCUCAGAGAUUCUAUUGAAACAUUCAACAACUUGUUAAAGGAAUCCCUAAAAACUGAACAAAAUUGUAAAGUAAUACCUGUAGGAGACGGUAUUGUGAAGGCUGAUGGAACAAUAAGUCAUGUAGACCUAGUUGAUUGGUAUUAUCCCUCGAAUGAUGGCUAUUUAAAAGCAUUUGGACCUCUAAUAGUUGAGUUAAAAACAAUUCUUCAAAAAGCUGGAGCUGCUUGAGACUGAAAAAAAAUUAUCAAUUUUUGGAACAGCAAAAGUUUAGUCUCAUUUGUUUUAUUUGUUUAAACAAAAAUAUCACUUCACAUUAUUAAAAACAUUUAAGGAAUAAAAGAUUUAUAGAGAGAGCUUUUCCAUCAACCAUAAAAUUGUGGUAUUUUCAUUUGAAUUUAAGCCAAGAUUGAUAUUAAUAAAUUAUCAACCAAAUUGUA